GUCGAGGAAAUCGCUCUUGCCGGUAGCUAUUAACCCCUGCGUGUCCAGGGAGGUGAUGAUCUCUGGUGUCCUGAAUCCCUGUAGGUCAGAGGGGAUCUGUAACUGGCAUCGAGAUGAAGACUAGCGAAGACAAGCAGAGGAUGGUGAAGGAGGAGUUUUUAGAUGAUGAUGAUGCCGAGGUGGAGCAUUUAAAAAAGACUUUGAAGGUUCAAAGACAAAGAAGGAAGAAGCCGUUGGUAGAUCCAGCUGUGGAUACGCAAGAAGAGGAGCUGGUGGAGGAUCUCACAGCCGUCCGGGGACAACGCAGUCUCCCCCCGCUGAAAACUUCAAGAUCCAGCAAUGCAGAAACGUCCGUGAGAGAACGGCUGAGAGAGAAGUUAAAGGCUGGAAGGUCCAAAGUAGAAAGAAAUCUACAUGAAGAUUCUCCAGGAAUCUCACCACGAAGCCUAACCAGAUCCAGGCAUGAGGACACCACAAGAAGGCUUGACGAAGGGGAUGCAGCUCGAUUACAGCGGCUGAAUGAUGUUGAAGCACAGCUGAACUCCCGAGUAAAAUUCCGUGAUGCUGCGAGGACAAUCCAGAAGAAAAACCAGGUACACAAUGGCUUUCCUACUGCUGAAGAAUCGUUCAAUUUCUUCACAUUGAACUUUGAUCCGGAACCGGUGGAAGAAAAGAACCAGAGAAAUAUAAACGACAAUCAAAAAGAUGAUUCGGGCGAAGGACAAUCCACGGCAAGACCAGAGGAAAGUGCAGACCAAGAAGAAGAAGAAGGAGAGGCAGAGGAUGAAGAGGGUGAAGGGGAAUCUUUGGUGCAAGAAGAUGACUUUUUUGUCAUCGACCAGACAGUACGAGAUUUUGUAGAACAAUUACCUGCUCAGUAUGAAGGCUAUCAUAGCCGGCUGGAGAAAGAAAAAGAUGUUCUGUUUAUACCAAGUAUUCGACGGGUGCCAACAUCUCAAAAGGUGCCUGAAAACAUGCAGCCCAGAUACCCGGAAGACGAGGGCCUGUUUGUGGGUGAAAGGCCUGAAAUAUCCUCGACUAAUCAGAAUAUAAUGGAGAACCGGAUACUCCAGCAAGAUGAGGGUAAAAAAUGGUUUGGUGAUGAUGGCAAAAUAUUAGCCCUUCCCAACCCAAUCAAGCCAUCCUCUACAAGACCUCCCGUAUUUUCUCUUCAUGAGGGAAUAGAUCCAGCCCUGGAAACGGUAUACAUAAAGGCGAUUCCACCAAAGCAUGCCAACCAGUACAUUGUUGGAUCCGAAGGUCUCCAAGGCAACUUUCAGCUGGACAUUGAUAUUUCAGGAAUCAUAUUUACUCACCAUCCCCUUUUCAGUCGGGAACAUGUUCUGGCUUCGAAGCUAGCACAGUUAUAUGAUCAAUAUCUAGGGAGGAAACAGAGAAAUCUCUCAAAUCUUUUGACAGACAAGCUGCAUGCGCUAAGGAACGCCAUAAAGAGCAUUUCUACAAGCAGCUCGGCGCACGGAUCCAGCUUUAUAGCUGAACAAAGCGUGUCUGAAUAUAAAAUGGAAAUCAGAUUAACUAGGAAAUAUCGUGACACCGAGCAAGAAAGGGAUCGUAUGCUUCUUAAGUCCAUUAUAAAAACCUGGAGAGAAAUAAAGUCUCUUCGUGAUUUCCAGAAGUUUACCAACACGCCAGUCAAACUCUACCUGCGAAAGGAAGAAGUUAAUAGGGAAGCUGACGAGCAGGCAUACAAAGCAGAAAUCCAGGCAGAGAUACGAGAACUUAUGGAAGAAUAUACGGAGGAAUAUGAAAAGAAUCUCACUCAAUAUAAACACGAUCUACAGCAGUGGAAAGCAUGGAGAAGAGCACAGAAGAGAAAGAAGAAAAAGGAAAGUACAGAAGAAGACGAGACAGAGCUUGUUUACUCGGGAGAGGGACCAUCGAAGCCUGUGCCGCCCGUGAUGAUGGACAUACAGGAUGUGGAACAGCAUGUUAGAGACAAAGCUGCGCGUAUCAGGAGGAAGCCUGGAGAACCUAUUCUCGUACCAGAGCUCAGCUUGUCUGGAACUGUGACCCCCAAUGAGAUGUGUCCAAGGGUGGAAGUACUGAGACGUGAGGACACACAGAAGCGCUCACUUUUUGUUAAAAUAAUGUUUAACAAUAAAGAAGUUUCCCGAACUGCGUCAAACAGUUUGGGAUCAGACUUUCGCGUUCAUCUGGGACAGAUAUUUAAUUUGCAGAUUUUUAACUGGCCUGAGAGCAUUAAACUGGAGGUAUUUGAGACCGCUGGCCUCAGUGGUACCACAUUGCUGGCCGAUGUCUUCAUUCCCAUCCCGGAAACCAGCGUUUUAACAGGAAAGGCCCCCGUGGAAGAAGUGGAGUUUAGCAGCAACCAGAGAGUGAUGUUCAAUCAUGAAGGCGUUGGCAGUGAUGUUCCAUUUUCGUUUGAGGCAGAUGGUAGCAAUAAGAUGUCUUUUAUGACAUCUGGAAAACUGUCCUACUGUGUUUCUUGGGGUGUUGGAGACAAUGGCGUGCCUUUGGUCCCUCCUAUUUCACAGCAAAAUACCAGCAUGCAAAGAGCAUUCAAUAGCCUUGAUGCGAUUGCAUCUAUCGGCGCUUCUGGAUUAACUGAUAUGAAGAAAUUGGCCAAAUGGGCUGCUGAAUCCAAGCUCGAUCCAAAUGACCCCAGCAACGCAGCUCUGAUGCAGGUUAUAAUGAUUGCAAACUCGGGGGAUGCCUGUGUCCCUGAAUUUUUCAGACUGGAACAGCUGCAGAAAGAGUUUGAUUUUGUGUCAGAUGAAGAACUCAGCCGAUCAAAACGCUUUAGACUCCUACAGCUUCGCAACCAGGGGGUAGCAGAAUUUCGCAACUUCAAACAGGUUCCCAUUAAGGAACGUGAGAUCCCGGAAAAGAUCUUCCAAGAUUACGAGAAGAAGUUGCAUGCACAGGAUGCGAGCACCACAGAGAAUCAUUUGGAUGCACACAGAAUCCUGGUCGCCAAGUACCUUCAGAAGGUUAAAGAAUCUGUAAUGAACCGUUUCCUGAUAGCAAAGCAUCAUUUCAUUCUCUCUGAUGUGGUGGUUGAAGAAGGGAUCCCGAGUCUUGGAAUCCUUGGAAUGGAUCUAUUUAAGCUGGCUGAGCCAAAACGCCCAUUGAAGCCAAGACGGAAAGAAAAGAAAAAAGUAACUGCUCAGAACCUGUCAGACGGUGAUAUCAAGGUCCUUGUCAAUGUCAUUCGUGCCUAUGACGUUCCUGUCAGAAAACCGGUGUCGAGCAAACCAACACAACCAUCCAGGUCUACAAGAUCAUUUAAUGAGAUGUUUACAGCAACUGCAUCUCCACAAGCACAAGGACAGUCUCCUGAGUGGGUCAUUAACCAGGUCUUAGUGCGGCCGUUUGUAGAGGUCUCCUUUCAACGCACCAUAUGUCAGACAUCAACAGCAGAUGGACCAAACCCAAACUGGAAUGAAGAACUUGAGCUUCCAUUUAGAGCUCCUAAUGGGGAUUACAGCACCUCCAGUUUGCAGUCGGUGAAAGACGACGUGUUUAUAAAUGUUUUUGAUGAAGUAUCCUAUGACAUCUUAGAAGAUGACCGUGAAAGAGGAAGUGGAAUCCAUACAAGAGUUGAGAGACACUGGCUGGGAUCUAUACGCAUUCCUUUUACCACCAUCUAUUUUCAGACGAGGAUUGAGGGCACUUUUCAGAUCGAAGCUCCCCCUGUUCUUCUGGGAUACAGCAAGCAGCGGGCGAUGGGCAGCGAAGGGGGUUAUGAUGCCGUCAGGAGUCUUUCUCAAGGCUCUUUUCUGACCUUGUUUAUGACCAUUGAACCCCAGCUGAUGCCUGGAGAAUCCGUAAGAGAAAAGUUUGAUAGUCGGGAAGAUGAAAAGCUGCUACAGGUAGCAGAGAAAUUCCAGUACGAAGCAGCUACAAAGUUUCCAAGGCGGCAGUGCCUGACCACCGUAACGGACAUCAACGGCACAAUGGUUUUUGUAACCAGGUACAUCAAGCCCCUAAAUCCCCCGCAGGAGUUUCUGGAUGCCAACCCAAAUAAUACACAAGCAGCUAUGGAACUAGUGGCACGUUACGUCUCCCUGAUCCCGUUCCUUCCUGAUAACAUAUCGUUUUCUGGCAUAUGCGAUUUGUGGAGCACAGCAGAUCAAUUCCUGGACUUGUUGGCCGGAGACGAAGAGGAACAUGCAGUCCUGCUGUGUAAUUACUUCUUGGCCAUGGGGAAAAAAGCAUGGCUUAUAAUAGGGAACGCUAUUCCUGAGGGACCCACCGCCUACGUGCUGACCCUGGAGCAAAGCCAAUACAUCAUAUGGAAUCCUAGCAACGGGCGGUUUUAUGGCCAAUAUGACACCUUUUGUCCUCUGCAAAGUGUUGGCUGCCUGAUUAACGCUGAUAACAUUUGGUUUAAUAUCCAACAGUAUGAUUCUCCGAUUUCCAUGAGUUUUGACACAAGCAGACCUAAGUUGUGGAAACCAUUCUUCUCGCGAAGUUAUCCAAACCCUGGUCUUUCCAGCGUGCAGCCUGAAGAGCUAAUUUAUCAACGUGCAGACAAGUCAGCGGCUGCGGAACUUCAGGACAGGAUCGAAAAAAUGCUGAAGGAGAAAAUCAUGGAGUGGAGAUCACGGCAUCCUACACGCUGGAACAGAUACUGCAUCUCUACGCUCCGCCAUUUCUUACCACUGCUGGAGCAAAACCAGGGCAAAGACGUCGAAGAAGAUCAUCGCACAGAACUACAGAGACAGCUUGGGGAAUAUAGGUUCUCCGGCUUCCCGAUUCACAUGGCGUUCUCUGAGGUGGGACCUCUGAUCGAGGCUGUGUACAGCACAGGAGUCCACAACAGUGAAGUUCCCAACAUAGAGUUUGCCCUGGCGGUAUACGUCCAUCCUUAUCCAAAGAGCAUCUAUUCUGUAUGGGUCUACGUUGCAUCUCUCGUACGAAACAGAUGAAUAAGAACAUGCUUCCAUCUGUGUCAGUAAUGUAUAUUUAUUACACUUUGAUCUCUAAUGAGGAAAACAACCCUAAUUGGUACAGACAUUAUUAUUGCUAAUCCUCCUGUAAUGUUUCACUAUAACUUUUGUCACGC